AGUGAGGCUAUGAGGUAGAGGGAGAGGGAGGGGGAUUUAUAUAGUAAGAGUGUGGCAGAGAGAGAUAGGGGGAGGAACGAAGAGCUGAUACGUGGAGCAGUACCCUUCUCCAUCAGGCAGCAUACGGCAGCCCUGCAGUGGACUGAGAGACUAUAUGAAUGAGGGAACGAGGUAAAGAGCCAGAAAGAGAGCAGAAGAGAGAGCAAGCUUGAGGGAUUUGUCUGAAUGGGAAGGGGGAUGAGCAUCAAGACUGCCUGUUGUGGAUGCGGGAAGGACGCGGUUGAGGCUGCUUUCUGGACUCGUGAGUAUCCAGCAUCAGGACGUUAUGUCCUGUGAGGGAAGCGGUGAGGGGAGCGUGUGAGCCGAGAGCAGCUGCUUUGUGACAGUGCAUGCAUCAGACAGGGGAUGCAGCAAACCUCUGCCCUGAGCACAGGAGCUAGCUGUACCCACAGUGGGGGAGAGCCAGGUGGGGUGGAGGGGGCUUAUCGCACAGGGAGGAGGCAGGCUGAACCAAGGUGGUCCUGUGGAGAUCUCAGCCAAGAGUCAAGAGGCUCACCUGUGCUCUGUUAGAGCUGAGCUUGGAUUUACUGGUGUGAGAUAUGAUAAGAACUUUCUCUGAAUGAGCCAGCCUCCAGAGGGGAGUCUAUAUGUUGGGAAGCAUCAGGUUUACCACCAGGAUCACUGGGGACACCAAGGACAUAGAGCCUCAGGCUAGCAGGCAUGCCGGCGGCUGGAGCUUUAUCAAGCGGCUAGUGAUUGGAUUCUGAUUAUAUUUCAGGAGUUUUUCAUCAACAGUUGGAAGCCAAAGGAGAAACCUGAAUUUUGGUGUAUGAGAUUGGACUCUCAUUCUGUUUGUGGAGUAAGACCAAAAUCCUAGAGAGAAUCCCAUGAUCCAGAUUACACGAAUAGCCUUACCUUAUCACGGUUCUACCGUCAGAGCUCUCAGACAGGUUGUCCAAUAAAGCCAUGGGACAGAGACAGAGGUGACCAAAUGCUACAAAGUGUACUCUGUGGAGCUGUAACUUACUGUGGUUUACCAUACCCUUGUGGAAUACUAUCUCAAAAAGGAUGAUGCUGGUGAUGGUUUAACCAGGUUUAAAGACAGAAUGUGUAAUAUGAUAUCCAGUAAUACUGUAUCAUCUUUGUGUGGUCUGGAAAAUUAUUUUGUUUAGUGCUCCGUAUUACAGUGUGCUGGAAAUGAAACAUUUUGAGGCAUUGGCAAUUUCCAUGUCAGUAAUUAACAAAACAUUUUGAUAGAAGAUGCCAGAUUGGCUCAAUCAAUUGAAAGUGGUGAUCAGUAUUCAAAGGAUCUACAUAUCCACCUCUACCUCCACCCUUGCCUGACAUUGACACUCACAGUAACAACAGUGGGUGUACAGUAUACCACGGUGGGCAGGCUCCACCACUAUAUCUCUAGUGUAAGAAUAGCCGGGCCCCCUCCUGCCCUGUGGGAGCCGCCCUCCCCCAACCUGGACCCUGUCUCCUCUGCCCUGCUGGUGCUCCUGCACUCGGCUGUGCUGGCCGAGGAUGAUGUGGCAAUGUCAUGUCUCGUCCUCGGAGUGCCGCUGCUACCGGCUGAACGGCUUCUCCCUGCUGAAGCGCUUCCCUCUCUCGGCAGAUGGGGCCUGCAGCAAAGCCCUGGACCAGCCUGUGGGAGAGUGGCUGGAGCAUGUGGGGCUGCCGCAAUACGAGAGCAAGCUGCUGCUUAAUGGCUUUGACGACCUACGCUACAUGGGCAGUAACGUGAUGGAGGACUUGGACCUUAGAGAUAUGGGAAUCACUGACCCUGGACACAGAAAGAAGAUCCUCCACGCAGCACGCAGCUUGCCCAAGGUGAAGGCCCUGGGGUGUGAUGGCAGCACCUCUCUCUCCACCUGGUUGGAUGUGCUAGGUCUGCAGGAGUACCUGCCUAACUUCCUGUCUAGCGGCUACCGUACCUUGGAUUGUGUGAAGAACCUAUGGGAGUUGGAGAUUGUCAACGUGUUGAAAAUCGGCGUUCUGGGCCACAGGAAGAGGAUCAUAGCGUCUCUGGCAGAGCGGCCCUAUGAGGAGGCCCCGACCAAAUCACAGAUCUCUCACCGUCUCUCACAGAUCAGGUUUCAGGACUUGUUGUCCCAGACAGGGACCUCUGCUCUGAGUCAGAUGGACCCGUCCACCAGUCGCUCCAUGGACAUGCUCCUGCCCCUGGGAGAGGCAGGCAGGAGGAGGAGAGCCAUGGACCAGGACUGCAGUGUGUCCCUGCGCUCCUACAGCGAGAGACCACGCUCUCACGACAGACAGAGUGACAGACAUAGGGAACCCCGUUUGACCCUUCGGCCGCCUAGCCAGUCUGCCACAUACGCUACAGUGUCCGCUUGGCAUCACCAGCCUGAGAAACUCAUCUUAGAGUCCUGUGGGUAUGAGGCCAGUUAUUUAGGAUCAAUGAUUAUCAGGGAUCUACGGGGUAUUGAGUCAACUCAAGAAGCUUGUGCCAAAAUUAGGAAGUCGAAGGACCAUUCAAGAAAGGGUCCUGUUGUCAUCCUUUCCAUCACCUAUAAAGGGGUCAAGUUUAUCGACGCAGCCACUAAGAACAUUGUAGCCGAGCAUGAGAUCAGGAACAUCUCCUGUGCGGCCCAGGACCCUGAGGAACUCUGCACCUUCGCCUACAUCACCAAGGACAAUAAAAGUGGCCACCACUUCUGCCAUGUCUUCAGCACUGUGGAAGUGACCCAGACCUAUGAGAUCAUCCUGACGCUGGGUCAGGCCUUUGAGGUGGCCUAUCAGCUGGCUCUCCAGACCAAAGCCAGGCAGUAUGUCCCAGUCCCCCCACCAUCUCUGGGGUCAGAGGUCAUUGAGACCAAAUCCAGCCGGCCCACAUCACAGCAAUGGAGCAGCAUGAGGAGAUCAACUAUUGACCCUCUGGAGAUGGAUGCAGACAUGCAGUCCCUGGGCAGCACCACCUGGCUCUUCAACCAGAGAGACUCCAACAAGCGCCCUGUCAGCACCAAGUACGAGACCACCAUAUUCUGAGACUGGAUCCCCUGCCCCAUCCCCACCUCGCACUAGCACCCAGUUUGACCCCUAACCUCUACCGCCCUCUCUCUCUCUCACGAGCCCUGUGCCUUCUCACUGUGAUGGUAGCAUUCCUCAGGGCUGCCCCCUCUCCUUUGCCCUGCCCUACACAAACCUCACCCUGCUCUGACAUCACACAUCCCUGCAGCUCUCUCCUCUUCCUCACCCCUUGGCAGCCCCUGCUCCUCCUGACACUGCUGCAGCCACUGAUGGAGCCCCUUGACUUGUGGAUGGACCUGAACUGAACCUACAACGGCCCUGCUCUCUCAACCGAUCUGCCUCCUCCUCCUCCCAACUACUUGCAUUUGCAUCCACCCCCUAUUAGGUUUAUCAUCAUUGAAGACAUUGUGGAUUUUUGUUCUCUUCCUGUCAUGCCAUUAUUUUCCAAGUGACUCCCUUCAGUCAAAACAAGCAUGACUUUUUUUUCUGUUGAGCUACCUGUUGCAUUUUUACCUGAUAGUAACAUGAUAAGCAUUGGCUGUACUGCCAAUGUGAACAAGAAAAGAACAAACCUUCAUAAGUACCUAUUUUUAUCUAACGCCAAAGGAGUACUACUCUUGUGAUAUUAUCAACUUACCGUUUUGGUCCCAUAUAGAGUGGAACAAAGAACAUUAUCAUGUCCCAAACAACCUCCUCAGUCAUAAACAAUAGUUUAUCCCCUUCCCAAAAGGAUUAACAAUUUUGUCUUUUUAAUGCCAUGUUUAUUUUUGUAUUUCACUUGUUUUUCGCUAAAGGCAAGUUCAAUAUUUUUCUUUCCCUAUCUGUAGCUUGUCCUGUCUUGCCAGGCAUCUACCACUGUGAGGCGCUGUGAGGAGACACAUCACCUGGGAUGCAUGAAGGACAAAAAAUCUAUAAGAAAAAAAAAAAUUUUUCUACGCAUUUUUUUUAUCAUACAUUGAUGGAUCAUCAAGGAAUUUUCUUUCCAUUUAAAAUGGAUCAAGAACUGAACCUCAAUUUCCUGUGUGCUCUUCUUGUACACAAAUGGGAGGACAACUUCGUCAUCAAUCUGCCAAGAUCAGUAGCCUUAAUUACUUCAAUCUGGCCAUGUAUCAGUUUAUCUAAAUGUAAUCAACUGAGCAUCCCUUGCCACCAUCACACACUCUCCACACCUGCUGACUGCUCCAUGCGUCUUCCAUGGUUAAAAAGACUAACAGCACUUUUGAGUUGACAACACAUGAACACUUUGACUGAGCUGCAAUGAAGUUGUUGUAAUGGUACAGGUUUGUCCAGAUAAUAAUGUCUAUAAUGCUCUGUAGCUUCACAGUGUGCAUGGUGCCUCACCAGUCAUUUUAUUACCAAGAGAGACAAUCAUCAGAGACUGUUUGGCUCAUCAGAGAACACUGUGUUAAAACAUGGCACUAUCCCUUAAAAACAAAUAUUGUUUUAAAAUGGAUAUGGUUGGUUUCUUUAAUAAGAUAUGCUUUUAAAAAGACCAGGGCAUCCUGAAAUAUAUUUAGUGAAAGAAACCAAGGGAAGCAAGACCACAAUCUAUCGGCGUAGUAAAUCAUUUAAGUGCAAAUGUAUGAGAAAUUACCAAAACACCAUGGUCAUGAAGGCCACGUUUUGGGUAUGUCCAAGGAAUUUGCCAAUUCAUGGUGAAGGAUACAAAAUAUUCCCAUUGUUUUAAUUUUAGACAAUUUAUGAGGCAAGGCACAUUGGUGUUGCUGGACUCCUUAUGUUGCAUCAUAUCAAGAUUACGUGGGUUGUAAUCCAUGCCAAGGCACAUAGGUUCAGCAUGAGGUACAGUAUGUUUAAACAAAUUAGUCACAAAAAAGUUAGUGACAGUGCCAAAGAUUCAGGCUUACUCAUGGAACUUUACAUUUGAGGGAUCAAAAUGUAAUUAGAUAUGCUUUCAUUGUGCAAAUAGUUUUUGGUUGAAAAUAUCUGUGAAACUGCAUUCUUGUUUUUCCUUUCACAGGGGUUUAUACCGCAGGUCUAGUUAUCUACACUAUAUAUACAAAAUAUGUGGACACCCCUUAUAAUUAGUGGAUUCAGCUAUUUCAGCCACACCCAUUGCUAACAGGUGUAUAAAAUUUAGCAUACAGCCACACACUCUCCAUAGACAAACAUUGGCAGUAGAAUGGCCUUACUAAAGAGGUCAGUGACUUUCAAUGUGGCACCAUCAACAACAAGUCAGUUCGUCAAAUUUCUGCCCUGCUAGAGCUUCCCCGGUCAACU